AUGGCGACAAUCAGAUUUGGACCCCCUAGCAGUCCAUGCAGAGAAGCUUCUGCAGCAGAGCAGGCAGAGGAAAAUGAGGAGAAAAUAAAAUGGGAUCCCGACAAACUUCAGCAGUGUCCAUAUGACAAAAACCAUCAAAUCCGAGCCUGCCGCUUUCCUUACCACCUUAUAAAGUGCAGAAAGAAUCAUCCAAAACUGGCCAGGGAGCUGAAGACCUGCCCUUAUAAUGCUCGCCACCUGGUCCACAAGCAUGAGCUGGCACACCACACUGAGACCUGUGAGAACCGAAUGCGCGUUUACACUGAGGACGCUGCAAGCACAGAUGGAAAUGGUAAAUGGGAAGUUCCAGUCAGUACUUGGGUGAACCCGAUUAGGACUGAGGAUUGGGACCAAGAGACCGACGAUUAUGCUGCUCCAUUCGUGUGGGGAGUCAACACGCUCAUGGAUCAACAACAAGAGACAAGGCCCACAAACAACCUUGGUCCAAGUUUCAGAGCACCCAACACCCUCCCAUGGUUGGAUUAG